CAGAGCCUGAGCGGUGAAGAUGCAGCACACCUCGUGUACAGAGGACAGGAUCCAGCACGCUCUGGACCGGUGUCUGGACGGGCUGAGACAGAGCCCCACAGCUGCACACCACUGGAACGUGCUGAUGUGCUCAGCGGGUCAGUCGAUGAACCGCUGGAGCCUGGAGGAGUUGGUGAAGAGAGACCCCGAGAAUUUCCUCAUCCUCUUACAGCAGAUCAUCAUAAAGACCAAAGAGGUUCAGGAGCAGUGUCAGUAUGAGCUGGUGGCUCCCCUCGCGAUCAUGUUCUCCUCCACACUGCUUCAGACACCUCACUGUCCUCCAGACACUGAGCUGCUGGAGGAAGCCAUCGAGGUGUUUCGCUGCUUCCUCACCUGGCCGGAGCCAUACUCCAAUGUGUGUAAAAACCUCCUGUCCACACUACAGCUGGAGCUCAAGGCGCCAGGGAUUUCCUUUCAGAGACUGGUGAGAGAGGAGCAAGGCCUCAACACCUCCAGCCACAGCUCCAAGAUCAUGACUGUGCUGCUGAUGAACCCGGGGGAAGUGCCUGCCGACUUUCUCUCUGUGGCCGAGCAGCUCAGUCACAUUACGCACUCACAGAAAGAGACGUACAUCACACUGAUCAAACACGCCUUCCAGUCCACGCUGGGCACCAAGUACCCUCUACAAAGUAUCCACAGAGCCCUGCAGGAAAAACCUGUGGAUGAAUUGGGUGAGAUCUUUUCUGUAGUAAGCGACAUCUUGGAGACGGCAGCUGCAUUUAAUGACCCUCUGAUGGGACGCAAUCAUGUGAUCCAGGGACUGGAGGGACUGAGGGAGAGAAUCAGAAUCCCAGCAUCCAACGGGAGGAAGUGUGAUGGAAUGCUACAGACGCUACCACUGCCCACAGCCAAGUGUUACAUGUUUCACUGGGAGAAAGACAACUUUGAUGACCUGAACACCCUGUUGGAGCACGGCCCUGACAAUCUCAGCACUAACAGGGAGGCUGAGGAAGGAGAGGAGGAAGGAGAGGAGGUAGACAUUGAUGGUGACGAUGAGGAGGAUGGAACAGAGUUGGAUGCAGAAGACGAGGUGGAGGAGGAUGAAGAAUUGCCUUCUAUGACUAUUAUCCCUAAUGGGUACAGUGGCAACCACCGUGCUUCCACCUUCUCCACCAUCUCGUCCCUGUCCACCGCCUCCAAAGACUCCAUGUUCUCCACCUUGUCUGUGACCUCGGAGUCCUACGCUCAGUCGCUCUUCUCCAUCACUUCUGGAGCUGACAGUGACUACGUCGAUGAUUACGAUGACUAUAUCUGCUCGUCCCCUGUCACGGAAAAAUGUUCGCCAAGGUCAAAAACAUUGCCUCGGCUCAGCCAGCACCUGUACCGGUUCUUCUCCAAGAGCCCUCGCUCACUGCACCGUGCGAAAAGCUUGGGAAACACAGAAUCUAAAGAGCUUCUGGUGGUGCGAGAAAAACGCUCCAACUCUCUGCCGCAGCAAGUCAAGUUACGCAGUUUUGAGCCGCUGCUCCAGCCACAAAGUCAAACUCUCAGACACGUGUGCUUCAGACGGAGGCCAAUUCUUAGCAGUGAUGAGGACAGUAAGAAUAUCACGCUGAGGGUUGUUGUGUUUGGUGCCGAUCACGUGGCAGGGAAGGUGGCCCGGGCCUAUGAUAGCCUGAGGCGGAAGGAGAGCGCAUGUCCACAUCUCACCAGGGUCUUCAAGCUUGAGUUCUACUUCGUGCCUGUGAAACGGGACUCGACUGGAGGUCACCUGAGGUUACCUAGUCCUUUGCCUCAAACUCGAAUGCCAAAAGCCCUGUCUAAUCAGGGUCUUCACCACUCGAGCACUGGGGACAGUACUAAUGACAUUGCCCAUCUCCUUGGUAUGUUGGACCCUUGGUACGAAAGAAACACCCUCAGCCUGCUCAACCUGCCUACCAACGUUGUCUGCCAGCAAACCUCAAAGACAGAGUCAGAGUCCUAUGAUGGUUCGUAUGAGCAGCGUCUACCCAUCCUGGCCGACCUGGUCCUGUACUACUGCCGCUACGCUACCCGGCCAGCGCUGAUCCAACUCUAUCAGGCUGAGUUGACGUUAGCCGGCGGUGAGAGGAGGACUGAGGUGUUUGUCCACUCCCUAGAGUUGGGUCACACUGCAGGAACACGAGCCAUCAAAGCCAUGGGAGCUGCCAGUAAGCGGUUUGGUAUUGACGGUGACCGAGAGGCAGUGCCUCUAAUGUUGGAGGUGGUGUACAGCAGGGUGGUUAUUAGUGGGAGAAGCCAGUGGAAAAGAGAAUCAAAAGUCUGUACUUCAGUGAACUUGACCAAAGCAUGCAAGAACCCUGAGGAACUAGAUUCAAAGAUGGAGUGCCUGCAGCUCAUGAUGACUGAGGUUGUGAAGAGGCAGAACGGGAAAAGCAAAAAGGGCUACAACCAGCAGCUGAGUUUGACAGAGGUGAAGGUGGAUAAGGUGCAGGUGAGCGGAGCUGGAAACACAACCUUUGCUGUGUGUCUGGACCAGGAUGAGAAGAAAAUAGUACAGACUGUCACCAAGUGUGAAAUAUCAGUGUGCUAUAAACCCGACAGUUUCACCGACUGGAGACUAAGAAAAUCCAGGAAUUCUGCCCAAAUCCAGCCUCUGCACCCGACCUUCUGCUCCCUCCUCUGCCUGCCCAUCGUCACGUUCAGCGGGGCACUUCCCUGAGCCUGGUGACCUCUGGUUUAGCGGUGUCUGGACACAGACUGCAGAGGAGCAGUGCACAGAAUGUCAUGACGUGAGCAGAGGGCGUAUAGUUGGAAAACUGCAGACCAGGCCGGCGUGUUCAUACAAACACAUAAGGAUAAAUCCGGAUACAGUGGCUGAUAUGAUGAUGAAUUCAAAUUUGUAUGUGCCGAGCAAUCAUUGACUAUUGUUCGGGAAACUGCUCAAGUUUCCGUCUUUGGGUUUCAGUUCCUCAUUUCCUUUUUUAAGAGAAGUGGCUUUAACCACAGAAACAAGAGAAUGAGUUUGGUCAAACAGGGUGAAUGAACAAAGUCUCAGGUGAGACGACCAACAUGCUCUACUGACAGAUGGACUGUGAACAUUUUGAGAUCUUCUUCGAGUCAAAGCAAAAUAACUUUUCUCUAGAUUGACUUGGACAUAGGGGAUCAUGGGAAAACGUUUACACCUGCUGACAAGACUGUAACAUAUAAUUAUCUGUCUACAUGACUUUAUCUGAGAAUGGACACUAUAAAUCUGAACAAUGAUCAAGUUUGUAAAAUAUUGAAUUACGCAGCAUAUAUUUUUUAAUGUUUGUUGUAAAUGUACUUAACAUUUCUCCUGAGUAACUUUGAUAUCACUGUCUUAACUGGAGUUAUAAAUACAACCAGCAGGGGGCUCUGUUUACAUUCCCUUUGAUUACACAUGUACAGAGGACUCCAGAGUUGGUGACUCUUUAAAUAGAAAAAGUCUAUCUUUGUAAAGUAGCUGUUGUCAGAACUAUAUUUCAAUGAAAACAUUCAUCUCGUGAGUGGACACAUAUGGAAAAUAUAGAUUUCCAAAAAACAAUGCACAUUUUUAUUUUUAAAGAAAUGACUUUGAAAUGACUCAUGACGUGUUUUGAAACUGUUGUAAAGGGAUAAUAACUGGAUCACCUGACAUGAAAUAGCACUGCAUAGAUGCACUUGAACAUUAGAUGAAAUGAAUUAGGUACUUUAAUGCUGUCCUCUACUCUCCUUACACACCUUCUCUGACAGAAUACUCAAAAUGCAAUAUAGUUUUUUAUAAAUAUAUGUAUGUCAUUCAUGCAAUUCUAUGUCAGG